AUGAUUAUUCCAGUGCGCUGUUUCUCCUGUGGAAAGGUCAUAGGCGACAAAUGGAAUGACUAUCUGGAGAUGUUGUCGAAGGACAUCAGCGAAGGUGAUGCACUGGAUCAGCUCCAGCUGAAGAGAUACUGCUGUCGACGGAUGGUUCUCACUCACGUCGACCUCAUCGAAAAACUGCUCCACUACAAUCCUUAUGAGCGGAAUAAAGACAAGAGCGCGUAUGCAUGA